CAAUAAACACGCCCUCAUAAUUUCAUUCUGUAAAAAAGUGCGACGGAAAAAAUGAAUCCGAAUGCUCGUUUUAUACUUGAAUUAUCUAAACAACAUUCGUCGUUCACGGCUGCAUCUGUUUCUCUUUUAGUUCUUAGUAUAAUUCUUUAUAGUUACCUACACAUUUUGCUUGUAGCUUGGGCAUUCUUAGCUGGAGUUGGCUCUUUUUAUAUCAUCUUCAACUAUGUCUCUGUCGUGCCAAACAUCAUAGUUGCAUUUGAGAGAAAGAAGAAGGUUCCCAGAGGUAAUCAGUCCAAGAAAACUCCAAGACAUGUCUGUACUGUUUGCUCAGACAACGAGUGUUGCAGACACAGGUAUUUUGUUGAUAUAUCAUCAACACAACCAUGGACUGAUGUAUAUAUACCAGAAAGAGUUGAUAAAGCAUUAUCAGAGCUAUUUGAAUUAAUCCUGAAAGACUUCGUCUAUUCAUGGUACAAGGAUGUAAGUCAAGAUGAGGAGUUUGUGAAUGAGCUGCGGUCUGGUAUUAGGUUCAUGGCAGCCGUCCUGCUGAAGCGUAUUCAAGAGGUUGAUUUGCCCACACUUAUUCUUGACAAACUAGUGAAAAAUGGAUUAUCCCAUCUUGAUUUGGUUUUAAGAACAAAACGUAAACUUAAACCAACUGAUGAGUUCGAUGUGGAGAUUCUGAAGGCGUAUGGACCUCAUCUUCACUGUGCAGCCAGAAGUCGGGAUUAUGAACUGCGAUAUGUCCGUCAUUUACUCGAUGCGAUAUUCCCUAUGCUUAUUCCUAAGCAUGCUAAUAACUGCCAGGGGACAAAGAAUUUCUUCAGAGAACUUUUAGCCGGUUCCGUUGUUAUGCCAGCAAUGGAUGUACUUGCUAACCCAGAUGUUGUGAAUUUGUUACUGCAACUUUUGUUUGAUGAAGAGCCAAUGGCAGUCUCUACUGAUCCACCGACUGAACCUGUUUUGAUUUUGCAAACAUUUUGCACAGCCACCAGCAAGUCUGUCCAAUCACCUUUGAGGACUGGUUUGUCUGAGCUUCUCUCCAAUAAGGACAAUACGCUGUAUGAAUUUGUAAAAUUCAUGAAAACGGAGGGAGCGCUACACAUUCUGAACUUUUGCCUCGGCAUUGAGGAAUUUAACCGACGUAUCAUGAACCUUGACCUAACCAAGCAGCAGAUUGAAGUUCUCCACAAAGAGGCUAAAGACACUUACCACAUGUUUAUUGCCCCUGAUGCCAGUGAUAGGAUCUCUUUUGGUGAAGACAUUGAGCAGGAACUUAAAAAAAUUGUUGAGGGACCAAGUGACUAUGUGAAGAAGCUUAGACCUGCAAACACUGCCCUCUUUAGAGCUUAUGGCCAAGCUUAUGUUGUUUUGGAAAGCGUCUUCCUGCCGUUGUUCUAUCAAAGUGAUGCACAUUAUACCAGAAUAUGUGGUGAACGGCUGCAGAAAUCACUCCAACGGUCAUCAUCAAAUCUUAUACCAGAGGAAAUACUCCCCACUCCUGUGCCAGUGGCACCACCCAGAGCCAACAUUAGGAGGUCUAACGAACCACUGAUCAACAAGAUAGGGAGUAAAAUAAAGGGAGUUUUCCGCAGUAAUAAUUCAGACAGUAACCAAGAAAUGCUCAUGGAACCUGAAGGAAGUCAACUUAGUUUAAAUCAUGGCAUGGAACCCGUUGAUAUGCCGUCUGACGACGAUGAGCUGUGUGUACCAGAAAAUGUUGCAUCACCCAAUCGGGACCUAACUGCAUGGCGUAUUGAGAUACCGGGACUGGUGAUACGCCCCGAUGGGAACAAGGAUGUGUUCAUGUAUAUCAUUAAGGUUCAGAGAAUCGACAUACAGGCUGAACAAGGAGCAGAAACAGCAUGGGAAGUAGAGAGACGUUAUCAAGAAUUUUAUGUCCUUGACAGUAAGCUGAAGGAAUUUCAUGGUGGAGAAUUUGACGAUAUUCCGUUACCGACAAAACGACCAUUUGGUAACAAGUCACGGGAGUUUAUUGAUUCCAAGCGAAUACUUUUUGAAAAGUAUCUGCAGAGCCUUUUAACUAAACCAGUGUUGCGUGGCAGUGGACUAUUACACAGUUUUUUAACACCAGGGACUGAAUUUGUUACCAAAUUCUUGAGUGAUGUUAAUAUCAGCAGGAUGGUAAAGUCUGUACCACAGAGGCUAAUGAAGGAGAAAGGGCAACAUUUAGAGGCAUUCUUACAGUCAUUUCUGAAUUCUGUUGAGGCUCCUAAACCCAAGCCAAGACGGCAGAAACCCUUUGAGAAUCUAGAGGCAUUUAAAGCCUUACGAGGGCUUUUCUGCCAGUACAUAGGCAAAACAGAUGUGACUGAAAUAAAUGCCUCAGCCAACAUGCAGAGUAAACUUGGUGGCACCAUGUUUGUCAAUAAUGCAGACAUGCUGGCUGACAAAGACAGUCUCCAUCCAGACCCCACCUUAGAGGCUGACAUUCUACAUCUGGAUGGCAUAUUUGACUAUGUUCUUUAUCUAGCUCGUUCGGUAUUUGAAGUGCCCUCUACUGUGCACCAUUGCCUUGUUACACUACGCAAGAUAUUUAAGAACAUUCUAGAAGCUUUUGUUGACAGCUAUUUGGCAAUGAAACUCGAUCAAGUUAAAAGUGAAGAACAAAUGGAAAAAAUUAUUCAUCUUUUAAGAGAUGCUUUGUUCUUUGAUGAUGAUCCACCACUAACAGAGGAACAACAAAUGAAGAGAAGACAUGAAACAUUUAAACAAAUGGUUGACUUCUUUCCAGGAGUACUACCCUGGUUCCUUGGCAGAGAUAAAUUCCAUGAGGGAUUUAAGACAGUCUUUGAUGUUUUGCAGUACCCUAAACUAAACAAACAAUUGUCCUAUGUUCUCCUUGACACGGUUAUCUUGGAACUCUUUCCAGAGCUGAACGAGGAGGUGCAGUAUAAUGCUUGAAAUUUCUUUAUGAGUACAAGACCUUCAAAGUUGAAAGAUCAUUCAAAAUGUGGUUGCUGAAAAUGAACAUUUAAUUAGAAUACCAGGAGAUAAUGUCUAGUUGGGAUCAUGAAGCUUUACCAGAUCAGUAUAAAAAAUAUGAACCUGUCUGUUUAUGUACCUGGAGAAUUUAUUUCAAAUAUAUAAGAAAAAAUCAUAAAAAUUAUUUCAGUACUUAAAUAAUAGUUAAAUUUAAAGUGAUUUAUAAAAAUAUUUCUAACUGCAUAUAUAAAAAGUAUAUGAGAUAUAUGUAAAGAGACAAGCUCUAUUCGUUUGUGGCAAUGCUUUAAAUAUAUGAAUUGCAAGCCUUGGGGAGACAUUUAAAAGAGUGAAAAAAUGUGCACCACUUGCUAGCACUUCUGCUGUGUUAGGGGUAGCGCCAGCGGUGGGGCUAGCUUGGUCAGUGCCUGGCCCAGCCAUCAGGGAGUUGCGGUAAAAUCUGUCAGCGAUCAAUUAUAAUAAUUUUCUAAACCAGAGAAAGCUGGUCCGAUCGAGAAUGCCAUUUUCGGGCAUCAAAGGUGACAAACCUAAAAUGUUUAACCUGAGCUCUAACCAUCGUGGGGCUGAGGUGGUUGCGGUCCAUUUUUGGGAGAACACUGGGCCAUUUGUUGGGGAAAAGAUGUUGCCGCCACUGGUAUGUAUGUACAGAAAAAGAUAUGCAUAGUUUAAUUAAUAGUAUACACAAUAUAUAUAAUCAGUAUUUUCUAUAUAAUAUGUUUACUGUGUAUGUUAAUGUUGCAUAGUUUUCAGUUGUGUCUAAAUCUUUUAUGUAGAAUAUGUAUUUUACACAGAUACUUGAACAGCAAUUGAGACAAAUUAAUGGAAACUUAAAUAUAUGUUAUACAAACAUGCUGUUCAUAAUUAGACAAAAAUAUCAUGAGCCACAACAUGGAAGAAUCCAUGCCCACACUGUGUCAUUCCAGCAAUGGAAGAAAGUUUCGUAUAUGUUUCAAAAUAAGAUCCCAGUGCAAUACUUCAGUAUGAAAAUGCAAUAGCAAAUAAAUGAAAUUGUAUUAACAAAUCUAUUUUGCGUGCGUAUAUGUUACUGUAAUGUAUGUCUGUGUAGUACUGUAGGGUCUGUUGAUAUAGUAUUAUCAAGUUUUCUAUGAGACUGUUUAGAUGGAGGGUCAUAAUAGACAGGCAGUUUUUAUUGCUUAUGUUGAGUUAUUUCAACCCAAUACAGUAAAUGUAGGUUGACUUUUUUGUGACUU